UUACUUAAAAAUCUUCGUCGUCGUCUUCAACGAGUGUCUCUUCUUAACCCUGUUUCGACUAGCAGCAGCUGCAGUAACAAAUAUUAGAAUUUAAAAAAUUAUAAAAACAAUAAAAGAGGAAUGUACUCGAGCAUGGGAUACAGUAACGGCUACCAUAAUCACCAGCAACAGCAACAAGAGCGAGUGGGAGGAAUCAUGAGUCAAAGGGAACGAGUCCGAAGGGGCGGCCGCAGAUCACGUGACUCGCUUAGGGUUUCAGAGCAUCAGCAGCAAAAUGAGCGCAAGCCAGCCACGCCUUGUACAGACUUCGACGUCGCCUACUUCCACUCUUACGCUCACGUCGGUAUCCACGAAGAAAUGAUCAAGGAUCGUGUACGGACAGAAACUUACAGAGCGGCAAUAAUGCAGAAUCAGAGUGCUAUUGAAGACAAAGUUGUUGUGGAUGUUGGCUGUGGUACGGGCAUCCUUUCUAUAUUUUGUGCUCAGGCUGGUGCAAAACGGGUCUAUGCAGUGGAUGCAAGUGAUAUUGCAGUGCAGGCCAAUGAAGUUGUAAAGGCAAAUAAUCUAUCUGACAAGGUCAUUGUAUUGCAUGGACGAGUUGAGGAUGUUGAGAUAGACGAGGAGGUCGAUGUUAUCAUCUCUGAGUGGAUGGGAUACAUGCUUCUGUAUGAGAGCAUGCUGGGAAGUGUCAUCACUGCCAGAGAUCGUUGGCUAAAACGUGGAGGUCUUAUUCUUCCUUCAAAUGCUACAUUGUACAUGGCACCGGUUACUCACCCUGACAGAUACAGCGAAAGCAUUGAUUUUUGGCGUAAUGUUUAUGGAAUUGAUAUGUCUGCUAUGAUGCCAUUAGCUAAACAGUGUGCAUUUGAAGAGCCUAGCGUUGAGACAAUAACGGGUGAGAAUGUUUUGACAUGGCCACAUGUGGUUAAGCAUGUGGAUUGUUAUACCAUUCAAAUUCAUGAGCUAGAAUCUAUCACAACAGCAUACAAGUUCAAGUCUAUGAUGCGUGCUCCACUGCACGGGUUUGCAUUCUGGUUUGAUGUUGAAUUCAACAGCCCAGCACUAUCUCCUGGCAAUAACCACAUACCUUCUGUAGUUCAUCAAAUUGAUGGUUGCCAGAAGAAAAAGCGUGCCAGUCCAAAUGAAGCACUUGUGCUGUCCACAGCACCUGAAGAUCCUCCCACACAUUGGCAACAGACAUUGAUAUACUUUUAUGACCCUAUAGAAGUGGAGCAAGAUCAGUUAAUUGAAGGCUCUCUAGUACUUUCACAAAGCAAAGAAAAUGCACGGUUCAUGAAUAUUCACCUUGAAUAUUCUUCAGGCGGUCGAUCCUUUGUGAAAGAGUCAGUGAUGCGGUGAUCCUUUGAAAGAACGUUCUCCUUAUCCUCUGUGUGCUUCUUACAUCGAAGCCUUGCAGGUGUUGCAAGUGUCAACAUGCAAAUUUCAAUUUUGUGCAUGCAAUUCUCAGCAGCAGUUUGCGUUUUACAUGGACUGCUUUAGCUGAAAGUGCGGAGAGCUCAAUUUAUUAACCUUUACCAAGCAAAACCUUAUGAAGAGACACAUCAUUUGUUUCACUAAUUGCAAGUACCAAUUAGGGAAUUUUCAUAUCACUCUGUCUGAAGUGUUUUGUUUAAAUGCUGGAUGAGUUCUAGUUUUAUUUUUAUUAUUAUUAUUAUUAUUAUUGUUAUGUGAUAGGCAAAAGCUAUAGGGCAAAUGGGUUUUUGUGUGGGUUAAAAUUUGUUAUUUGUGGUUCCAAUUAAGGCCAUUAGUUCCAAAUGGUGUGUGUAUUGUAUAUACACCAGCCAGGAAUUUGUUGGGAUCUUGUAACACAAAUUGUACACUACACCAUUGCAAUCUAUUUUUUGAUAUGUAUUGAGUUUUGAAAAUAUAUGAACAUUGCUUUUUAA